AGAAAAAGCAAGUAUUUUGUUAAUUUUUAAAAAAUUAAGUACAAAUAAUUUAAAUAAGUCAGAGGCCGUUUGAAUUAAUAAGUGUAGCGAUCUAAUUGUUCCUUAGGAAUAAAUAUUUAGCUGGGAAUAAUUGAUAAUUAUUAAAUCGCAACGAUAACAACAUAACCUUACUAAAUUGGCAAUUUUCUUAAUAUACAAAAAUAGAAAUGAGUUUCUCUAGUGCCUACUGUCUUCUAAACGUGAGAAGAACCGCCAUUUCGGCGUUUCAAUUGAACUUUCCAAAAAAGAAUUACGCAAAGAAAGAUAGUGCCAGUGUCAGCAUGCUCGGAGGAGCCCUAAAGAAAAAGAAAGGAGGCAAACUAGGUCCAGUCGUAGAAAAGAAAGUGUUGCCAGUGGAAACCGAUCCAGAAAAACUAGUCAAAUUCGUAUGUGGUUCCAAUAUUUACAAAACCGGAGAGGACGUUGCCAUAAAACCGGACAGCGAGUACCCAGAUUGGCUGUGGACCCUAAGAACCGGACCACCUCCGCCUCUGGAGGAACUCGACCCGGAAAGCUUAGAAUACUGGAAAAGAGUGCGAAGAAUGGCCAUGAGAAGAAACAAUCAAUUAGCAAAAUUAAAAAGAUUUUAAUACGAUUUCUGUGCAUAACGAAAUUAGUUAUUAGUGAACCAAUUAAAUUUAUAUAACUAAAACUCAACGUCUCUACUAAGGCAUCUCUGUGCAAAGAAUUCGUGAGGUACUUUCUUUUCCGUAUUAUCCUUAUUAGCUAGCUUAAAAAACGAAGUGAUGGAAGUAUUGUUAACUGGAGGAGCUUUCUUAGUAGGCUCCUUAUUUUCACCAUCGAUAUGAUACGCUAGUUUCUCCAAAGCAUUCUCCGCAGUCGACCAACUGAACCUCACUAACUGCGGGUACCCGAACACCGGAUCGCAGUGCCCUUCCAUGAAUUUCUUUGUGACCGGAUCUGAAAGUGAUCAGUGAGAAUCAUCGAACAACAUCGCAAUAUAAAUGAGUACCUGAUGGGUAGCCACUUCCGUAAUUCUCGUAGGUGGCUUCGAUGUCUUCUGCGAAUUUCCAAACCUUCAGGGCAUGGUCUCGAGUCACUUUGGCGCAAAUACUAGCGGCCGAGACCACCGGGUAGAGUGAAUCGGCUUUCUUUGAUACA